AUGAUUGAAGGAAAAGCUCCAUUUCGACAACGCAAAGAAAAAGUUAAGCGUGAAGAGGUUGAAAGAAGAGUUCGUGAAGAUACAGAAAAAUAUGGGGAAAAAUUUACUGACGCGGCUAGAACUUUGUGUAGAGGAUUGCUACAUAAAGAGCCAACACUUAGAUUGGGAUGUAGACGUGUUGGAAGGCCUGAGGAUGGAGCUGAGGAAUUAAAAGCUCAUCCUUUCUUUACCCAAGCAGAUGCAAGGACGGGGAGAGAACCUGUGCCUUGGAAGAAAAUGGAGGCUGGAAAGCUUGCCCCUCCAUUUUGUCCUGACCCUCAUUCUGUUUAUGCCAAAGAUGUAUUGGAUAUUGAACAGGUAAUUUACAGUCUUCGAAUACUUUCAAGUAGCAAAAUUCUAAUUCUAACGGGUUAA